AUGGACAGAUUUGAAGAAUAUCUUCGUGAAGUAAACGGGCCAAGAAUGGCUAAAAUGUCGCCGAACGAACUCAUUACUUCUGACCCCGUUUCAACUGCUAGAUUUAUAGAUAAUAAAUUCCACGCUGUGCUGGAUUUCAUUUGUUCGCCGGACAAUCUGAUUGGGAAGGUCACUCAUUACUUUUGGCGUAGAGAAUAUCAAAACCGGGGAUUACAACACUUUCAUCUUUUAAUUUGGAUUGAAGAUGCUCCUAUAAUCGACAAAUCCUCGAAGGAAGAAGUAUCAACAUUCAUUAUGAAAUACGUCACUUGCAGAUUACCGUCACCGCAUGUGUCGUCAGAAUUAUAUAGACGUGUAAUUACACAUCAAAUGCAUAAAUGCAAUAGUUACUGUCUACGCAACAAAAAAACUAAAAAUUCCUUCUGUAAAGUAUGUAGAUUCUCAUUUCCACGUCCAGUUACAGAGGCUAUGACAAUAAGGGAUGUGGCUGUUUCUAUAGGUGCUAGAAAGCAAUUGAAAGCAAAAGGAUUAGCAUUGGAUGGCACUGACUCCAGUAUUACUAUUAGAUGGUUAGAUGUAAAUAUAUUUAGAAGCAGAAAAUUGAAAACUCGCAAAGAAAUUGAGAAUCUGGAAGGUGAAUCCACAGACAUAUUUUGUCCAUCCCUCAUAGAUGAUUACUAUCCUAGCAGACCUAAGGAAUUAGAAUCUAUGCAUCUGUACGAUUUUGCUACGUGGUAUGACGUUACUAAAAAUAGACCUUACGAAAAAACUGAAUAUUAUGAAAACCGUGCAUCUUUGUUUUUUAAAAAAAGGAAAAGAGGGUAUCUUAUCAAUCAUUAUAAGUACAAUGUUCAAACCCAAGCUGAGAAUUAUUAUUUCUCAUUAUUAUUAUUAUUCAAACCUUGGAGAAACAUCGAUGAAUUGAAAAAUGGAUUUGACACAUAUACGGAAGCUUUUCUGUCGCUACAAUCGCAAGUGACAGAAGCAGUUAAAUAUCACGAACGAAUAACGAAUAUUCAACAAGCGCGUGAUCGUAUAAAGGAACAAAUUGAAAAGAGUGUGUUGAAUACUGUAGAACCGGAAAAAAAUGAUCAAGACAAUCACCUAGUAGAGUGUGUUCCCGUUGAAACUGUUGGCGCCAUGAAAGAUUUUAAAGACGCAGGAAAUAAAUUUGAUUGUGUGGUGAUCUGUGGUGAUUUUGCAGAAAUGAUUUCGGAAUUAAACCUUGAUCAACAGCGAAUAUUUGAUCAAGUUACUAAGUCCUUGACGUCUAACAAUGACAUUCUCAGACUUUAUGUGAGUCUCACCAGUGAAGGUGGCACUGGGAAAAGUUUUUUAAUAAAAACUAUUACACACUGGAUCAAGCAGAUUAUGGGAAAAGACACAGCAGUAACUGGUCCUACUGGAAUCGCAGCUUUUAAUAUUGAAGGUUUUACCAUACACCGAUUGUUUGAGUUACCUGUAGAACAUGGGCAUACAGCCCAGUAUAGACAACUUAGCGACGCAGCCCUUCAAGUUGUACGAGAUCAACUAAAAAAUGUUACUUUAGUAAUCAUCGAUGAAAUUUCGAUGGUUUCUAACGUAACUUUCCUGCACAUACAUUUGCGACUUGCAGAAAUAUCUGAUACUACAGAUUCCGGUGAUGGUUGGUUCGGAAAAAUACCUAUGCUACUAUUGAGUGACUUACUACAACUUCCUCCUGUUCACGAAGAACCUGCUUUUAUACAAUUAUCAAAUAAGGUUAUGGAGAAAAAUGUUGGAGGAUUAGGUUCUUAUAAUCUAUGA